ACAGGACGUGGCCGAUCCUGUGUGCUCCGCAGCCGCCCACCGCGCAAGGACCCGCGCCCCGCGCCGACCUGUGCGCCGCCGAGAUGCCGCCCCUGGCUCACAUCUUCCGAGGGACUUUCGUCCACUCCACGUCGACCUCUCCCAUGGAGGUGCUUCGAGAUCACCUCCUUGGUGUGAGCGACAGCGGCAAAAUAGAGUUUUUAGAAGAAGCAUGCCAGCAAGAAAAACUUGCCAAAGAAUGGGGCUUUAAAUCAAGUGAUGUGAAAGAGCUGAGCCACCAUGAGUUCUUCAUACCUGGGCUGGUGGAUACACACAUCCAUGCCCCUCAGUAUGCCUUUGCCGGAAGUAAUGUAGACCUGCCGCUUUUGGAGUGGCUGAAGAUCUACACAUUUCCUACAGAGCAGAAAUUCCAGAACAUCAUGCUCGCUGAGGAGGUCUACACUAGAGUUGUUAGAAGAACAUUAAAGAAUGGAACAACCACAGCUUGCUACUUUGGAACAAUUCACACGGAUGCAUCACUGCUCCUUGCAGAAAUUACAGAUAAAUUUGGUCAACGGGCAUUUGUUGGCAAAGUAUGCAUGGAUCUGAAUCACAGUGUUCCAGAGUACAAGGAAACCACUGAGGAAUCAGUCCGAGAAACAAAAAGAUUUAUAUCAGAAAUGCUUGAAAAGAAAUAUUCCAGAGUGAAGCCCAUAGUGACACCACGUUUUUCCCUUUCCUGCUCUGAGACUCUGAUGGGUGAACUUGGCAACAUUGCUAAGGCCCAUGAGUUGCACAUUCAGAGCCAUAUAAGUGAAACUCCAGAUGAAGUUGAAGCAGUGAAAAACUUGUUCCCCAGUUAUAAGAACUACACAGAUGUCUAUGAUAAAAAUAACCUUCUGACAGAUAAGACACUGAUGGCGCACGGCUGCUACCUUUCUGCAGAAGAGCUGGACAUAUUCCACGAGCGAGGAGCUUCCAUCUCUCACUGCCCCAAUUCUAACUUAUCGCUCAGCAGUGGCUUUCUAAAUGUGCUUGAAGUCCUGAAACACAAGGUGAAGAUAGGGCUGGGGACAGAUGUGGCUGGUGGUUAUUCAUAUUCCAUGCUUGAUGCAAUCAGAAAAGCAGUGAUGGUUUCCAAUGUCCUUUUAAUUAAUAAGGUAAAUGAGAAAAGCCUCUCCCUCAAAGACAUCUUCAGACUAGCUACUCUUGGAGGAAGUGAAGCCCUGGGACUGGAGAGUAAGAUUGGAAACUUUGAAGUGGGCAAGGAAUUUGAUGCCCUCCUGAUCAACCCCAAAGCAUCUGACUCUCCCAUCGACCUAUUUUGUGGGCAUUUUACUGGUGAUGCAGAUUCUGACGCUGUUAUUCAGAAGUUCUUCUAUCUAGGAGAUGACCGAAAUAUUGAGGAGGUUUAUGUGGGCGGAAAGCAGGUGGUUCCAUUUUCUAGCUCGGUGUAAGAUCCUUGGGCAUCUACCUACAAGGUUCUCCAGGGAUACCUGGUUCUGUAUCUCCCUUGUGCCCAGACAGGGUCAGAAAGUCAAAAACAGUAUCUCAUUCUUGGGAUGAUGGUCUCUUUCUGUGUCUAGUUACUGUAUUCACUUGGUAAAUUGUCUGAAGGAAGUGUACUUAUUCUCAGCUAUGACUGGCAGGUUGAUAGUUUCAUAAAAACCUUUUGAGAUGUUCAGAUUUACUUUAAGCUCCAGCAAAAGAAAAUGUUAUUGCUAGUGGUGGCUCAUUAUGAGAAUGAAGUAAAAUCUUUUUCAUAUGUGGAAAUGCAGAGAGAAAAAGAUAUUCCUAUGUGGUUAGAUAUUUUGAGCUAGUCAGUAUGAAAAUUAUGCAACUGCAAAUGGUCCCAUGGUAUAUUUUUAUGAGGGAGCAAAAGUUAGACGGUGAACGAAUGUUGGAAAUCAGUUCAGAUUGUGUUUGAGAAUUAUAUCCAGAGCAUACUGAUUUAAAAAGGCAACUUACUGAAUUUUAAAAUGUAUUUCUAGAUUGACCUUGUGUUAGAAAUCUGCAUUUCAGGGCUGGGGAUUUAGCUCAGUGGUUCUGGCGCUGCCUCACAACAAGGGCCUGAGUUCGAUCUCCAGUACUUAAAAAAAAAAAAAAAAGAAAGAAAUAUGCAUUUCAGAGACAUGUUAUUGUUGUGUUUUGCCUUCUUUCAGGGAUGAAUAUCAGAAAUUGAAAGCCACAUGCUUUUCAAAUAUAGUUCUGUGCUUCAAAGUGUUUGACUUAGGAAUAUUAUUCAUAUAACCACAUGGCAUAAAUUGUUGUAUUUUGUGUACUUUAAAAUCAUCUUAAUUUGUAAGUAUGUGAUGUUAUAAUUGCUUCAUUUUAUUAUAAAAGAAACAGAUUCCAUAAACUAUGGCUGUGUAGAUUUGCAUCUUCAUAAAUUGGGGCAAGUCAUUGGGUAUCGACAAGCCCUGGAUGCUGACAGGAUAGGCUCCUUUGCAAUGGCCUAUUCCACCCAAUACUAUGCUGUAGUAGUUGCUGGAAACAUUAUCCUCAAAUAUCAGUAUGCUAGAGCUUUAAAAUGAAGGACAAAUUAUGUUAAAGAAAUAUUAUUAAAAAUCUUUAAACUCUGUACAUUGAAAGUGCUGUUUAUUUUUCAGUUGUAUGCAAUUGUCUGUUUAAUUCCAUAAUAAUUUUCUGGACAUUCAGAUUGCAGUAUAAUAAAAAAAAUACAGAUAUUCCAGUUAAUGUUUAUGUUAAUCUGUACUAGACAUCUAGGAACAUUCAACUGUGUGAUGUUAUGCCUCCUCAUUAAUAGAGUAUCCUUUUCUAUAACCUGGAAUUAAAAUCGCAUUGUGAUCUUAGGAUAAAUUCUUAGAACAUAUCUUAAAUCCUGUGUUGCAUAAUUUAUUCCAAGUACUAUAUAUAAACAAACAAGGAAAGGAAAUAGAUUUUCUCAAUAUAGCAUAGCAUUCAUUCCUAGGACUUGAAUGUAACUCCUUAAUAUUUCCUUAGAGUAGAAAAUUAUAAAAUAUAGUUAAUCCCAUAUUUGCACAGCUAAGAACACAAUUUCUUUUCUGUAGGGUAAAUGUUAUUUUCACAUAUUCAUUUUAAUUCAGUAGUAAUUUGCCCAGUUUUUUUUCUCAUAGAAAUUCUUUCAGAGUUGAUUGUAUACUCACUACAUUUAACGAUAGAACACAAAUGUUUUAAAGCAAACAGCAUAGUUUAUUUUGGGGGGACUUCCGAUGUCUGUCUGGAUUUUCAGUGUCUGUAAUUCCGAAGCCACAUCAAAGUAGCUCCGCCAGAUUUUUCCCCGUUUCUGUAUAGUGCUGGCAAAUGUUUUCUGCUCUGGCUUUCAUCCUGUCAGAGGGACUUGGUUCCAUGGUGUCUAACCAAAUGAAUGGCUGAGGUGCUAGGAUAAGAUGUGUCAGGGCCUGCGAUUGCAAAUAGCUGCUUCUAGGCUUUGCAGGAUCCUACCCUUUCACCUCCCUUAAGGGUGAACAUUUUGAUAAUGAGCAUCAGUUUUCAUUUAUAUUUAGGAUUAAGAUUCAGUAAUACAAUUAAAGGAUAGCAUCCGAAGUCAGAAUAAUGUCCAUACACAAACAUCUCGUCACAUAUCCAGUUUAGCCCUGAGAGGGUCUUAAGGACUGAGUAACUUUUCUCAUAAAAAUGGAAGGUGUUGAAAUAUUUACAUGUACUUUGAUCUCUCUGCAUCCUUUGUAACAUAUAUGUUUUAUUCCCCAAGUGCAGAGUUCCUGAGUGUUAAGUAAGCUGUUUUCAGAACCAUGGGCAUUAGCCAUACAUGGGGCCACAUGUUCUGCACUUUGAAAUGCUGCCUUUGGCUAAUGUAGGUUGACUUUCUGAAUUGCGAAGAAGUACUUUCCUAAGCCAGUUCUGUUUGGCACUUUAUGUUUGAAUGCUUUGCUCUCUGAUAGGAAAGAAUUAAAACUUUAUCGUCCCCUCUCUAUACCUAUACCAUGGUAUUUUCAAUGGAGUACACUUUAAAAUGUAAAACCAUAUUUACAAGUAUCAUUUGCUAUACAUUCACAAAAUAUAUUUGCAGCCAGAACAAAAAAGAAGGCUCAUCAGUUCAUGUGAAUUUGGUUUUCAAAAGAGGAGGAAACAUGACAAAUAAAAGAUGAAGGUAUGAGAAGUUAUCCUAGUCAUCGACCAAGACAAAGGAGGUACUACUCCUUUAUUUCCCCAACUGCUUAGGUUUUACAAUUCAAGAGGAUAUCUUGAAACAAGUUCCCUUCUUGCCAGGAGGAGGUCUUUCUCAGGUUAUGCUGUGGAGCAUGAGCCCUGUUGAAUCUCUUUUCUACUUCAGUGGGAAGUGUGCAAGCUUCAGGAAAGGAAAUGGUAAGAAACAGGCUCCUUUAUGCUUAGCUGAUUUUUUUUUUUAAUGGCGCUGGGGAUGGAACUCAGGUCCUUGCACAUGGCUUAUGAGGCAGGCAGUGGAACCACUGAGCUAAAUCCUUGAAUAUCCCUCUUGGCAACUGCUGCUGAGAUCUUAGGAAACAUAAUGGGUGUGAGAUCUCAAAGUGUGUUUGAAUCUUCACUCCCUACCAGACUCUUCCUGUUUUUAAAUUUUUCACCUCAGAAGCAGACAGAUGGAAAACUUCAAAGGCAAGCUGGAAGGCACAUUGUAUCAGUUCUACCUUCCAGAAUGUAUGGGACAUAGCCAGAACUAGAAGCUUCAGAAUGCUACUGGACAUCUUUUCAUUGUCCAUUUUUUAAGUUGGUGAUGCUACUGAAAACAUGAACAUAUCUAAAAGGAGUGCUCUGAGCUAUUAAAAGCGAAUCAUCAGCUUCAAGUUGUUGGAAGCAGGAUUUCAUUCUAAGCUCAGUCGCUGCCUUGCUGGGUGGCAAACUUUAGAUUCCAUGCUCUGUGACAAAGUGAUGACACGAGUGCCAGUCUUCGGGGCAAGAGAAUUAAAUAAAGUGAUAUGUACACAGCAUUUAAGGUAGUACGCAGUCACAGACUGUGGUCACUAUUUGGUAGAUACAAUCUUAAUGAAUACAGAUUAAAGAGAAAAGCAAGCUUUAAAUAUGUAUAUUAGUUUAUUUUCUGAUUCUAAAUCAAGUGGUGUUAAGGAUUUCCUACAUAAAAACAUUCUGUAUAUGAUUUUUCAUCGUUCAUUUUUUAUUUAUAACACAAAGCACAAAGACAGUUGUACACUUGUUCUCUACAUUUAUCCCAAACCUUUGAGCAAUUUGCAGGACGAGGCCCAGGGUGGCCUUGGUGAUCCAGCCUUUUCCCCAUUUCUUGCUUGCAGUAGUUCUCAGAGUAAACUAAAUGUGCUAAGAAUACAUUCUGUCCUGCAAUGCUUCAGUCCAGUAUGUGAGUUCCUCAGGUGUAAAACCUGAGUUUGUUUUCCAGGUCCUUUAGCUGCCAUGUGAUGGGAUAAAUACAGAUGAGGCUCCAUCUUAACCUAAGCAGGCUUUUUGAGCCUCGGGAGCGUGGCUUCAUGAGCCUCUAGGAUUCUGUUGUCCCUUGUUGUCCAUCUGUGAGUAAUAAACUGGUUUUACAUAACUCACUGUGAUUGUGUUGUCUUACAAGACGUGCAUGUGGUAGAAACUGUAGGCCAAAGGGCCUGGGAUUUAGCUCAGUGGUUCAGUGGCCUGCCUUGCAAGCUGAAGGACCUGAGUUCAAUCCCCGGUACCAAAAAGAAAAAAAAAAAAGAAACUGCAGGCCAAGAUACAGUGGUCAUGGCAGACCUGCUUCACACAACUUAUUCGACAUUUGUCUCCUAAAGAACGUUUUAGUCAAAAUACCCGGAAGAGAUGUUUCGUGUUUAUGAAUUAGCAAUAAUGUGCACUCAAUUGGCACAUUGAUGGAAGUUAUUGGUAAAUAAUACAUGCAAAGUAUUGCAUGGUA